AUGCUCAGUAGUUCCAGUAUCUUAGAAACUCCAGUGAUGACUGAAACUUUGCACCAGGAGCCUGCUUUAUGUGGUAUACUCACCAAUGACGAUCCGUCGUGCAGCCCGGAAAGGCGUGAACCAGAGAUACCAGCAGAGCCAGGUUUUAUCGGCUCCUCGCAUCAAAAUGCGUAUCCGCAUAGUAGUUCUAGUUUCUUAGAAGCUCCAGUUAUCAUUGAAACUUUGCACCAGGAGCCGGCUUUACCUGGUAUACUCACCAAUGACAAUCCGUCGUGCAGUGCGGAUAGGCAUGAACCGGAGAUACCAUUAGAUCCACGUUUUAUUGGCUCCUCGCCUCAAAAUGUGUUUCUACCUGGUACAGCUAGCAGUCAUGAAAAUGAUAAUAAUGUGGGGCGGGGAGCAGGCAGGGGCAGGCAUGACAUUAGUUAA